AUGGCACCAUCUGUAAGUGCAGCUGCUCAUCCUUACGACCGCGACAAGCGGGGCUGGGUCAUGGUUGCCACAGCGUUUACCAGCAAUUUGGUUGUGUUCGGUAACUUGAAAGCGCUGGGUGUGCUCCUGUUUCCCAUGACCAACGACCUGGACAGCGACCUUUGGCUGGUCGGAUGGAUUUUAGUCUUCUACGGAAUAUUGCAUAGUUUUAUGGGUCUCGGUGCAGCAUUUAGUGUGUUCAUCAGCACCGCAGUAAUGGCCUCGUACUUCAAAGAGAAGUAUCCAUUGGCUGUCGGACUAUCGACAAUGGGCAUUCCGACAGGUAUGAUGGUUUACGGACCAGUUACACAGGUGCUGUUGGAUAUCUAUGGCUGGAGAGGAACUACACUCUUGUUGGGAGCUAUCUCGUUUAAUCUGGUAGUGUGUGCCGUGUUAGUAAAACGGGAUCCAUCUUCCUCUUCAUCAGACACUGUGCAGUACCAUGAGGUUUCGGUAAGCGAUCAUGAAAAUCUCGAGGAAGGAGGGAGAAUUAACGCUGAAAACAAAGCGGAAAGCUCCGAUGGUAUUACUCGCUCAAAUCAUGAAAGCCAUAAAAGUCAGGCAAAUAAGGCGAGGCAGUGUUGCCGGCACAUAAUGGAAGCAAUCGAUUUUGCAGUGUUGACAGAUGUGAGGUUUGUUUUGCUGAUCUGCGCAAGAUGCGUUUCUACUUUUACCUACUCCUCGUGGUUGGUGUAUAUGGUGUCGCAUGGGCAGUUUCAGGGCCUGAGCGAAAUUCAGGCGUCUUUUUUGCCCGCUGCCUUCGGGAUUGGAAACGUAGUUGGCAAGUUAGGAGUGCCCCUCAUGCAGCGGGCCGGCAUACUGCCACCCAUGACCUUCUGGGCGUGUUUCGGGGCAAGCAUCGUGAGUGCAUCGUUCCUCCUCGAUGCCUUUAUCAAACCGUUUGUGGGACAGUUAGUUCUCACAGGACUAGUAGGUGUUGGUUUUGCUUUGAACUAUCAGGCCAUUGAUGUCAUGGUCCGAUUCCUCUCGACAGACGACCGCUUGAUUAGUGUACUGGGCUGGCAAGGAAUGUUUAUUAGCGUUGCUGGGGCACUUGGCGGAUUGAUAUCAGGGCGGAUUUAUGAGUUGACGGGCAGUUUCAGCAGCGCCCUCUUCGUGUUUAGUGGAGUGUCGUUGCUGUCGAUUCCUUUGUUUGUUUCCGAGGCCAUAUACGCCAGGCGGAAGGCACACUGA